AGGUCACCUUAGUGGACAGAAGUCUUCGAGCUGUCAGACCAGUCAGACGUACGAACGUAGCUGCAGUUAUACAUUUCGUGUUAAUCGUUGAAUUUGUUUAAAAAAAAAGCAAACAAGGAAAAUGACUUCCAUAAAGGCACGAUUAUUGAGCACAGUGGUGCAGCCGAUUACCACCGGAAGGAACAAGAUCACCGUGGUCGGUGUUGGUCAAGUAGGAAUGGCCUGUGCUUUCACACUUCUGACAAAUAACGUAUCCAGCGAGGUCGCCCUCGUGGACGUAAUGGCAGACAAGCUAAAAGGUGAAAUGUUGGAUUUGCAACACGGUAGUGCGUUCUUGAAGAACGCAAAAAUUAACGCCAGCACUGAUUACGCCUCGACGGCUAACUCGAGCUUGUGUAUCGUGACUGCCGGUGCACGUCAAAGAGAAGGCGAGACUAGGCUGGACCUGGUUCAACGUAACACAGACAUCUUCAAAGGCAUCAUUCCUCAGCUAGUCAAAUAUAGCCCGAACACGAUCCUCCUGAUUGUCUCGAACCCGGUCGACAUUUUGACUUACGUGGCGUGGAGAUUGUCUGGCUUGCCAAAGAACCGCGUGAUUGGAAGCGGUACCAAUCUGGAUUCGGCCCGAUUCCGUUUCCUCUUAUCGCAAAAAUUAAACGUAGCACCUACAUCUUGCCACGGAUGGAUCAUUGGUGAACACGGCGAUACCAGCGUGCCGGUAUGGUCGGGAGUGAAUGUAGCUGGUGUAAGGCUGCGCGAUCUGAACGAAAAAGUUGGUACCGAAGAAGACGAAGAACAUUGGAGCGACUUGCACAGACAAGUCGUAGACAGUGCCUAUGAGGUGAUCAAACUAAAGGGUUACACAUCCUGGGCUAUCGGUCUCAGCGUGGCGAAUUUAGCCUCUGCUAUGUUGAGAAAUUCCAACCAAGUCCACGCAGUAUCUACCAUGAUUAAAGGAUACCACGGAAUCGACAAAGAAGUAUUCCUGUCUCUGCCAUGCACAUUGGGCGAAAGUGGUGUCACCUGCGUUGUCCAACAAAAAUUGACGCAAGACGAACUUGGCAAUUUGCUGAGUUCAGCGAACGCCAUGAACGACGUUCAGAAGGACUUGAAAUUCUAAACGUUUCGUUUCUUUGACUAUCCUCAAUAUUGGAGCAACUAUUUUUCUCACUAAACAGCAACAGAACCGCGUUCAUCUUUUUUCUCAUAGACAUCAGUUUCUUGUUCGAGCACAAAGACUGUGGUUUCUAACAAACACCUUUCGUUUCUACUUACAUCUUUUUUUACUACUUACACGUACUAUUAUUUGUAUACUACGAAUACCUAAGGUUGUUUGGUUAAUACUUAAUAUAUAUUUAAAUACGUGUCGGAUAGAAAUAUCAGAGCUUCGUAGCUCGUUUGAUAAUUUUGGAUGAUAUGUGUGUGUUCGCGUUGGCACAAGGUGCUAUUGUUGUGUACUGUUGAUGUUUUAGGUGAUUGUGACAAGCUGUGUUGCUUGCAGCCAAGCAAAACAGUAUUUUAGGGCAAUUUAUAUAUUACGUAAAUGACUGUUUAAUUUAAUACAAAACAAGAUACUUAAACCGGUCAGCCUGGGCUAGUACAAAAGGAACGUACGCAAACUCGUUGGGCGUGUACUCGAUCGGAAUUCAACACCGUGUAAAUUUAAAUUAUUGUACGUUUCCAUAGCAUCAGGCUUAUAUUGUAAUAUUUAACGUCUACCUCGGGACAAUACCUGCAUCAUACUUCUAUGUAUGAUACACGCACGAUAAAUAUGUAUCAUAGAUAGAAAAAGACGUUCUGUGGUUGUCCCAUUGCCGAAGAUAUUCUUCUUACAAUAUUUCUUGUAUAUUUAUAACAAUAUUUUAAUAAAUAAUAAUUUUAUGUGA